UGUCGGGUUUAUAAUACUACAUUGACUAAAUUCAUUCAGGCACUGUGGCGGUAAGAGCUUAGCGUAAACAAAUGCGAUCGGAACGGUUAUUUAUCUAUGACAAACUUGUAAGCUACUAUACAUCAAUUGUACAUCAGCCGAUAUUAAUACUUAGUAAAAUUUCGAAUCAUCGGAUUGUGUGGAAUGUUUAUAAACGUUAGUUGUGUAGUCAUUACGAGAGCUUUCGGCGAGUCAUUGUGUAAGACCCAGGAGCAUCUAGGCUGUACUUUUGUUCUAAAUGUCCCAAAAGAACGACUCUGAAAGUGACAUUUGGGAUUAUAAACCUCUGGUGAAGAAGAAAAAGAAACAUGGCUCAUUAUCAGUGGCUAAGAGAAGAAACAACAGUGCUGGAGCUACAUCUAGUGACGUCACUACGGACAAAAACAAUUCCGUCAUCCAAACAUCUGAUCUGGAAUCAGUUGAUACGAAAUAUGAAAACACGGAAGGGUUCUGCCCCACCUGCCAAAUGCCAUUUUCUAUCUUGUUGGUCCAGUCCCAAAGAUGGCAUGUUGCUGAAUGUAUUGACAUCUCCAGGGACACCUGCAAAGAAUGUCCAGAUGGCCUCCAAUGCUCAUCCUCCAUUCCGAACCAUUACAAGAAGUUCAAUCACACGAUGCUGGCCUACGCCCGAGCUAACAGUGACGCUGGAAUCUUUGAAACCGGACUGGACAGUACCUCACAGGAGAUCUUUGUUGAUGGAACGCCACCUUCUAAACGCACCAAUGGUCUCCUACUGUUGCGAUCACCUGGCCCGGAGGACAUGAAGAAGAAGAAAGGAUGGUUGUCAUCGCAGUUUUCUAAAAGCUCCUCGUCUGUUAGUUCCUCGCAGGAAAGUAGGACUGAACUUUCUUUGACUUUAGCGAAAAAUGAACCUUCUCAAGAAAAUGAUGGAAUAUCCUACUCCCCUCUUUCGGAGCUCCCUGCGGAGAUAGACGGUGUUAAUAGUGAAGAUCACAAUGGAUCUGAAGAUUCUAUGGUUCUCUUCAGUGAUGAGGAGCAUCUUGCUGAUUUGGAAAGCACCAAUACGGUGAAUGACCCCCAAGAAGAAACCAUCCAGUCUCCUCAGAGGCUUGUUUUGGAACGUUUACGGGAAAAUAUUCUGAGCAGCAGCGGUAUUCCAUCAUCAUCAUCUCAAGCUUUCCAAUCCACUAUGGCGCCUCGGAAAGUUCCAAGCAAGGCGGGUCAGGGUUCCGGCUUCAAGCAGACGGACAUCGGGGUGUUCUUUGGUCUAAAGCCUCUGAAGGUGAAGGAGAAACAGGAAGUUCUAUUGAAAUCAGACGUUGAUGCGACCUGCGGUUCCGCCAUCGCUCAGACGAGUCAAGGGCAGAGGAAGCAGAAGACCGGUGAAGAUGUCAUCAAUGGUGGCGUGGCGGAUGCUCCGAUGGAGGCGGAAAGGAGGCGAACAAGCGACAGGAGGAAAAGAUGGUGGACACGAGAGAAAGGAGAUGGACAACCGAUGCGUUGUCCGUUCUACAAAAAGAUUCCGGGCACGAAGUUUGCCAUCGACGCCUUCCGCUAUGGCGCCAUCGAGGGCAUCACCGCCUACUUCCUGACUCACUUCCACUCGGACCACUACGGAGGGCUGACCAAGAACUGCACACUUCCAAUCUACUGUAACAAAAUCACAGGCAACCUGGUGAAGAGCAAGCUGAGGGUGGCCGAGCAGUACGUGCACGUUCUCCCUAUGAACACAAAGGUCACCGUGGAGGGGGCACAGGUCAUUCUCCUCGACGCCAACCAUUGCCCCGGAGCCGCCAUGUUGCUUUUCUUCCUUCCGGACGGACAAACCAUCCUCCACACUGGAGACUUCCGAGCCGAUCCAUCUAUGGAGGUUUAUCCAGAGCUGCUAAGCUGCAGGGUGCAGACUCUUUACCUGGACACGACGUACUGCAGUCCGGAGUACACCUUCCCCAGACAGCAGGACGUGAUCAGUUUUGCUGCCAGCACGGCUUUUGAAUUGGUGACGCUGCACCCUCGUACUCUUGUGGUGUGUGGAUCGUACUCUGUAGGGAAGGAGAAGGUCUUUUUGGCUGUUGCAGAGGUUCUGGGUUCUAAAGUGUGCCUCUCGCGGGAUAAAUUUAACACCAUGUGCUGUCUCGAGUCGGAGGACAUAAAAAAAUGCUUAACCACCGACUGGAAGAUGGCCGGGGUCCACGUUCUUCCCAUGAUGCAACUCAACGUCAGGAAGCUACAUGAGCACCUGGCGAAGUUCUCCAGUCAGUAUGAUCGUCUGGUGGCUUUCAAGCCCACCGGUUGGACCUUCAGCCAGCAGAUGGACUCACUGGAGGACAUCCAGCCUGUUGUCAGUGGCACCAUCUCCAUCUACGGGAUCCCGUACAGCGAACACAGCAGCUUCUUGGAAAUGAAACGUUUCGUCCAAUGGCUGCGGCCGCUUAAGAUCAUCCCCACUGUGAACAACGGCAGCUGGGCUGCCAGGAAGGCCAUGGACAAGCACUUUAGCAUGUGGCUUAGCAAACUCAUCUAGUUACAGCACGACCACCACCUCAAUUUAUUUCUUAGCGGUUUAGCUUGGAAUAACUGCCUUGUACUUGCAGGUAAUUAAUUAUUCAUGUAUAUAGUAUACAUAUAUUAUUUAAUCACCUGUAUGCCAUGAGAUGUACCACCGGUGGUAUUUGUGCCACAGCUUGAGAAUCAAUUAUGGUGUUCAUCUGCACAACAAAUAAUGUCAUAGUCAUACACAGAUGGAUCAAGAAGUAAAUAAUAUUCAUAAAUAAAUAUAUCAUGGUUCUACUUUUUACUUGAUUGUAAUGAUAUGAAGUUCUAUGCAUUUAUAAGAUUUUAACUUCCUGACAUUUUUUCCAAUAAAUUCUGUUCAUUUUCUGGUUUUGUUUAAUAAACGUUUAAUAUAUUAAUGUGUGGAGUCAUGCAUGCUAGGUUAAUUGGCGACUCCAAAUUGUCCAUAGGCAUGAAUGUGAGUGUGAAUGGUUGUUUGUCUAUAUGUGCCCUGUGAUUGGCUGGCCACCAGUCCAGGGUGUACCC